CCUGUUUUCAUCUUCAACCAAACCCACAACUCUUCUGUUUCAUCUUCUUUACAACAAUUCUCGGUGACAAUGGCGACCCAACAGGAGAAGAAACCACAAGACGCCACCGUGAAGGUGACAGUCACUGGAAAAACCCACGUCAAGCCCGGCAAAGUAAUCGGAAGAAGAGAAUGUCAAUUGGUCACCUUUGAUCUUCCGUAUCUGGCGUUUUACUACAACCAGAAGCUGCUUCUAUACAAAGGCAACGAUGAGUUCGACGCCAUUGUUGAGAAACUCAAAGACGGGUUGAGGGUUGUUCUUGAAGAGUUCUAUCAGCUGGCUGGGAAACUUGGAAAAGAUGAAGAGGGAGUUUUCAGAGUGGAGUAUGAUGAUGAAAUGGACGGCGUUGAAGUGAGUGAAGCGGUGGCUGAUGAAAUCGGAGUGGAUGAUCUGACGGUGGAGGAAGGCUCAAAGAGUUUCAAGGACUUGAUUCCUUACAACAAAAUCUUGAACUUGGAGGGUCUUCACAGGCCACUCUUGGCCAUUCAGCUGACCAAACUUAAGGAUGGAGUCGCAAUCGGAUGCGCCUUCAAUCACGCGAUCCUAGAUGGCAGUUCCACGUGGCAUUUCAUGAGCUCAUGGGCCCAGAUAUGCAGUGGGUAUCCCUCAAUUCCGGUCCCACCCUUUCUCGAGCGUACAAAAACUCGCGACACGCGCGUGAAGCUGGACCUCACACUUCCCCCUAACCCAAAUGCUGACGGUGAUGCCACGGUGGAGCCACAACUCCGAGAGAAAGUGUUCAAAUUCUCAGAGGAAGCCAUCGACAAAAUCAAGUCAAAAGUCAACUCUAACCCUCCAUCGGACGGUUCAAAACCAUUCUCAACAUUUCAAUCACUGGCUGUGCACAUCUGGCGCCACGUCACCCUUGCACGUAAUCUGAAACCAGAAGACUACACCGUCUUCACAGUCUUUGCCGAUUGCCGGAAACGAGUGGAUCCACCGAUGCCAGAGAGUUACUUUGGAAACCUAAUCCAGGCGAUCUUCACUGUCACGGCUGCCGGAUUAUUAUCCGGAAACCCGCCGGCGUUCGGUGCUAGCAUAAUUCAAAAGGCCAUAGAAAUGCAUAAUGCGAAGGCUAUUGAACAACGCAACAAAGAAUGGGAGAGUGCACCGAAGAUCUUCCAAUUCAAGGACGCCGGUGUGAACUGCGUGGCGGUGGGGAGCUCGCCGAGGUUCAAGGUUUACGAGGUGGAUUUCGGGUGGGGGAAGCCGGAGAGCGUGAGGAGUGGAUCGAAUAACAGGUUCGACGGGAUGGUGUAUUUGUACCAGGGGAAGAGCGGAGGAAGAAGCAUCGAUGUGGAGAUAACGUUGGAAGCUGGUGCUCUGGAGAACCUCGAGAAGGAUAAGGAGUUUCUCAUGGCGGAUUAAAAAUAAAAUUGCGUGAAAAUUGAAAGUUUCUUUCAUUAAGUUUACGUUGCCUUUUCAAUUGCUUUUGACAGUGUGUGGUAAUGCUACGUGUACUUAAUUUUAAAUACCCAAAUAAUAACAUAUUUAAUAUGUUUUAUUAUAUAAUUAAA